CUUUUUUGGCCGCACGGGUUGAACUUAUUGUAGAGAUCGCACAAGCAAACCAGUCUGAACCCCAGCUUCUCUCCCUGUCCCCUUUCAGACCCGUUUCUGCACCGAAAAACGGACUCUCCAAUCGUCUGGAGCCAGAGAUAAUGCGCUCUCUGCCCAACAUCAUCAUAACGGGCACCCCGGGCGUGGGCAAGACCACCACCUGCACACAACUGCUCGGGCUGGCCUCGUCCGCAACACCGGCCAUCAACCUCAAGCCUCUUUCGAUCAACGACCUCGUCAAGUCCCGCUCCUGCCACUCCGGCUACGAUGAAGACCUGCAGAGCCUGAUCGUGGACGACGACAAGCUCAUGGACGAGGUGGAGAAAGACAUCGCUGACGGCGACGGCGAAGGCGGGUGGGUGAUUGAUUGGCACUCCACCGCGGGCUUCGCGGUGCGCUGGGUCGAUCUCGUGGUUGUGCUGAGGUGUGAAGAGACGAGCGUCCUCUACGACCGCCUCGCCGCCCGGGGCUACAAGGACGCCAAAGUGCAGGAAAACAUGGACGCCGAGAUCUUUGGCGUGGUGACCGAGGAGGCCAAAGAGGGAUGGGGCGACGAGGAGGAAGGGCGGGUGGUGGAGCUGAAGAGCGUGAAUGCAGACGACAUCGAAGAGAACGCGGAGAGGAUCCUCCAGUGGGUGAAGAAUUGGAUCAAAGAUCAUACGACGGAUGGUAAGGGGGAUUAGGAGGGCAGUGAGAAGACCUCGACAGGGAAUUUCUUCUAUUGCUUUGACGCAUCAUGUCUGUCACGGAGUCUAUGAUUCUAUCGGAAUGAGGGACCGCCCGAGAAACUACGGCUCCAGCUCGCCGCCAGCAAGCCAGGCUUUGAGCUUUGCUAGAGCCUUGCCGCGAUGCGAGAUCAGAUUCUACACAAGGAGAGUGGUCAAAGAUGCCGCCCAGGACGAGAAGAGAAUGGGGAGGGGUUUUGGAAAGGGACAUACCUUCUUCUCCUUCUCCAUCUCAGCAUAUGUCUGGCCAUCCUCGAACUCGAAGACGGCAUCCCAGCCUGUGUGAUGCAGUGGUCAGACAACGGCCGUGGCAAAGUGGCAACCAGCCUUCAUGCAAAAACCUCGCGGCGGAAGGGUUCCACAUACCAAAGAUUGGUGGCCCUCUGGCCGGCACGAUCUUGCCCUGACACCGCCCCUGGAACAGAAUCGGCUCACAGCCAGGUCCUUCGCAGUACGCAAAGGUACAUACCGCGAAGGCGGUCUUGUCUUCGUACGCGGCGAGCAUCUUGUUGAGCCCGUCGUGGCCAAGAGCCUGGAGGAAGUACUUGCUAUUUUGAGGGACGUACAUGGUUAGUGGCUGCAAAAGGGAGUGAUGAUGGUUCGUGGAAGAGAAGGUGGACUUGAAAAGGAUGACGACUUGACGCUGAAGGAUGCUUUCAAAUGAGGAUUGUGGAAGGAACUCACAUAUAGGGACCUGGUAACCCUUUGAGGGCCUGGAACUCCAGCGCCGUGUCUUCCGUAAGGACUGGGCCGUUUACCUAGUCGGGAUACGGGGCGUUAGUCUAUCCAUUCGGCAGAGACAAGAUGCUUUGUAGCAUAAACCAGCGGUCACCGCGAGGCUAAGGCUCAGACCCUUGAGCUCUGAGUGUGUCACAGAGCUCUUGUCUUGCCAUUGCUCCCCUGCACGGUUCCUGCCAGACCUUCCCCUGAAUCCUGUCCCUUUGGUUCGCAGAGGAGGAAGUAAAUCUGGGCCUUCUUGAAUACUCCAUCAUCUCAUUUCCACGCCCGAUUCCACCAUCGC